UGGUCGAGAAAAGUUUUGUGUUAAAGCAAAGUGGAAAUUAGUUAAAUUUGCAAAAAUAUUUUGAAAUUGUACAUACAAAUAUUGUGAAAAAGGAAUUUAUUUUUUUAUUUUUUUUUGAAAGUAUUUUUAUCAAGUGAUAAUAGAAGUGCGAAUAUAUUAUAUUUUCUAUAAAUUUUUAUAUGAACUGUUGAAAUUUGCGAAAAAUAUAAGAAAAUGGUUUCAACAUAUUUGGAUUUAGAUACAAAUGUGCUUUAUGAUAGUGGAUAUUCAUCUACAUCACCAGGAUCUUAUAGCUCUGCAUCAUCUAUGUCACCAUCCCAAUCAAGUCAAGAUGCACCAUAUCAAGAUUUCCAAUCUUUGCAAUUGACAUCAGUUGUAAAUAAUUUUGGUGAUAUAGAUCACGGAAUUGAUAUAAAAUAUGAAUUUGUUAAUCAACAAAUUUCAACACAAUUUGAACAACAAUAUCAAUAUUUAAAUUUUCAAAAUACAAAUUGCAAUACCAUUAAUCCAUUAAAUGAAGUUCAAUUAGAAAUUGUUGAACAACCAGUUAGUAAAUUUCGUUAUAGAUAUAUAUCAGAAAUGAAUGGUACACAUGGUUCAUUAAUGGGUAUAAAUAGCUCAAAGGGUAAUAAAACAUUUCCAACAGUUGAAUUAAAAGGUUUUAAUGGUGAUGCAUUAAUUCGAUGCAGUUUAUAUCAAAUUGAUAAAAAGCAACCACAUUCACAUAGAUUAGUUGUUAGGAAAAAUGAUCUUGAUGUAUCAGAUCCACAUGAAUUAAGAUUAAAUAAAACAGUUGGAUAUCGUGCUGUUUUUCAGGGUAUGGGUAUAAUACAUACCGCUAAACGUGAUAUUGCCGAUGAGUUAUAUCGAAAGAAAAAAAAAUGGGCUGAAUUUGAAAAAGGAUGUGAAUUGACAUUAAAAGAAAAUACAAAAUUUAAAAGCGAUUCAGAAAAGGAAGCCAAAUUAAUGAAUUUGAAUCAAGUUGUUUUAAGAUUUGAAGCAUAUGAAAUAAAUAAAGAUAAAUUAUUGAGACAAUUAUGCGCUCCAGUAUAUUCAACACCUAUUAGUAAUAUGAAAUGUGCUUUAACUGGUGAAUUAAAAAUAACACGUAUCAGUACGUGUGUAAGCAGUGCUGCUGGUGGAGAUGAUGUUUUUUUAUUUGUUGAAAAAGUUGGUAAAAAAAAUAUUAAAGUGAAAUUUUUUGAAAUGGAGAAUGAUGAAAUAGUAUGGUAUGAUUAUGGAUCAUUUUUGGAAGCUGACGUACAUCAUCAGUAUGCUAUAGCUUUAAGAACACCUGCAUAUAAAGAUAAAGAUAUCGAGAAAUAUGUACAAGUAUAUAUACAAUUGGAAAGACCUUCAGAUGGUGAUACAAGUGAACCAAUUGAAUUUAAAUAUAAACCAAGAGAUUGUGUUUCAUCACGUAAAAGAGCACGUACAUGUUCAUCUGGUAUAGGUUCACAUGAAUUACCAGCAACAAUUCAUAAUAAUACUAUUAAUUGUAAUAUGAAUGGUGCUGGUAAUAAUAAAGGUCCGACAAUAAGUGAAGAAUUUAAUAAAAAUGCAAUUCUAGAGAAUUUAAAAAGUUAUAUUUCAUCAAGAGAAACAGAAUUUUUAGAACAAGUUAAAAAUAAUUCAGAUGAACUGUUGAAUAUUGUUGAUCCAAGUAUUUUUGAUCCUUUUGAUGAAAAUGAUAAUCUGGAAACAGAUUGUCAUGGACUGGAUCUGUCUUUACAUCAAAGGAGAACAAAUUCUUCAUUAACAAAACAAAUGUUAUUUAGGAUAAAUAAUAUAUUAAGAAUUUCGAAAAGGGAUGGAAUUGAAGCUGGAAAAAUCAGAGAAAAUAUCGAGACGUUGUUAUUGGAGUGUUAUGAAAACGAUAAAGAUUUGUUACAUACAAUCAUAAGAAAUAAGGAAAUAAAAGAAGGAAUAUUUUUGAUGCGAAUUCUCGAUAAAUUCAAAUUAUAUGAUAUAGUGAAUUUAAAAAAUGAUGAUGGUGAUAAUUGCUUACAUGUUGCAUGCACAUUCGAUCGCUCUAUGUUUAUAAGAUCAUUAAUUAAUUUAGGAGCGAAUGUAAAUACACAGAAUCAUAAGGGUAAAACUCCUUUGCAUAUUGCCGUUGAAGAACAAUUCGAAAAUAGUAUAAUAAAAAUACUAGAUGAAAACAGUUAUUGUACACGUAGUGAAAAAUUAAACAUUGAUUUAGCAAAUGAUGACGGAUACACAGCAUUACAUGUCGCUGUAAAGAAAGGAAAUCUAAACAUAGUGAAAAAAUUAAUUGAAGUUGGAAAAGCAUCAACAAAAAUAUGUUGUUCUAAAAAUGGAAAUAAUGUUUUACAUUUGGCUGUUGAAGAAAAUAAUCCUGAAAUAGUAAAAUAUUUAUUAGAUUUUACAAAUGUCCGAAUUCAUGAAAAAAAUACAUCUGGAUGUACAGCGUUAUCGAUAGCACAAUCAAUGGGAGAAAAAGGCAAAUGUCUUGUUGAUGCAAUUUUACAGAGAACAGAAACUAUAACUAACAAGCUAUACGAAAAUGUAAAGUCAGAAAAAUCAGAUAGUAGUUCCGGAGAAAGUGAUGAUGAUCGUUCAAUAAGAUCAUUAAAGAUUGUUGAAGAUUCAGAUAUGGCUUUUGAUGAAAAAAAAAAUAUUACUCUGGUGGAUCAUUUAGACGAUAGUACAAUUGAAAAAAUAUCUACGUUGUUGAUAAAAAAUGAAAAAUGGAUCAAAUUAGCUGAACUUCUUAAUUUACAUUCGUCUAUUUGUCACUGGAAUUCCCCAAAAGCUAUGUUUAAUUUUAUAAAUGAGUCGAAAGAUAUUAACGUGACGGAUGUCAUCGAUGCCCUUUAUUUAAUGAAUGAAGAUGAAGUAAUCAGUCACAUAAAGACUGAUGUUUAAUCCAGAAAAACAAAAGUUUUUCUACAUUUUAAUUUUCAAUUAUCUAGUUUAAUAUUACUUUUUGUCUCUAAUUAAAAAAAAAUUGUAUUGUAUUUUCUUGAAAAUUUUGUUAUAAUUUCGUUGUUCUUUUCGGUAAAAUAAAGUAUAGUCUUAUGUACUUUUUCUUUUAAAUUAAUUAAGAAUUACUAUGGUUAAGUAUUAUUUAGUCAUGUA